UAUAUAUAUAUAUUAAACCACAUUUUGUUUAAUUUCCGAUCGAUCGCACCCACUCAGUAUUUCUCUCACCAUAAAGUUCUCGCCGCCGCCGGCCGGUAUAUUAAUGGGGACGGAAAAGCACCGUCCGCCGCCGACCGCCGAUGGAUCCGUCCGGUGCAGAUUUCACGAGGAGGCCAGUAAUUCUUAUCCCACCACUUUCGUCCAAGCAGACACCUCCACCUUCAAGCACGUCGUGCAAAUGCUCACCGGCUCCACCUCCGACACGGCGCCGCCGCCGCCGCGUGCAGGCGGAGGCAGCUGCUUCUUCGUACCGCCGAUCAAGAAGAAGCAAAGCUUCAAGCUCUACGAGCGGAGGAACAGUACCCUCAAGAACGGCCUCUUUAUCGACGCUCCGCCGGGGAAGUCGCCGGGGAUCUUGUCCCCCAGCAUUCUCGAUUUUCCGGCGCUCGCCCUCAGCCCCGAGGAGAAGGCCAUCGCCGAGAAGAAAUUCUACCUGCAUCCAUCGCCGAGGGGCGGCGCCGCCUCGCCGCGCCUCUUGCCGCUUUUUCCGGUGACUUCGCCGCCGCCGACCGGAAUUAAAUAAAUAAAUAAAUUAUUACUUAUUAUUAUAAAAUAAUAUUAAUUAGGCGGCGAUUUGUACAACUGAUUUUUGUAC